AUGGGACUACCGCCCACCAAAGAGCUUUCUGUAGGCCAAGUUCUGAUAACAACACCCAAGAUCCUGUCCAGCCACCCCUGUGCCCAGUGGGUGAGGCAGAGGCGGGGCCUGUACUGCCAUAUAAGGUGUCCAGGAGCGGCCACUCAGGCGCACAGGUGCGGCGAGCCUGCCCAGGGAGGGGCCGGCUCCAGCGGGGACCUCUCUUCACGCGUCAUGCUGGGGCCUGGGCUGCUGCUGCUCCUGUCCUGCGGGCCGGCCCUGCUGGGCGCUGGCCUAGAUGACACCUCCUUUGUGCACCCAAGCCUCCAGAGGCUGCAGGACUCCCCAAAGACAGCUCCAGACAAGGGCUGGUGCUCCACAUGGGGGGCCGGACACUUCUCCACCUUCGACGGCCAUGUGUAUGACUUCCCGGGGACCUGCAACUACAUCUUCUCUGCCACCGGCAAGGACGUCUCGCCUGCCUUCAGCGUCCAGCUGCGGCGGGAGCCCGGAGGGAACAUCUCCCGGGUCAUCGUGGAGCUGGGGGCCUCGGUGGUCACCGCGCAGAAGGGAGUAAUCUCCAUCACGGACGUGGGGGUCGUCAGCCUGCCCUACACCAGUAACGGGCUCCAGAUCACACCCUUCGGCCAGAGCGUGCAGCUGGUGGCCAGGCAGCUGGAGCUGGAGCUGGUGGUCAUGUGGGGCCCGGGCACCCACCUCAUGGUGCUCGUAGAGAAGCGGCACAGGGGCAGGCUGUGCGGUCUCUGUGGAGACUUCAAUGGUGAGCGGACGAACGAGUUUCUGACUGAAGAAGGCAAACUCCUGGAACCCCACAUGUACGCCGCCCUCCAGACGCUGGAUGACCCCAACGAGAUCUGCACCUACGCACCCGGCCCCAGCCCCUGGGCCCCACGGGCAGAGCAUGCCCAGACUUGCAGCCAGCUGCUGACCCUGGUGGCCCCCGAGUGCACCGUGCCCAAAGAGACAUUCGUGCUGAGCUGCCAGGUGGACAUGGCCGCGUGUGUCCCGCCAGGCCGGCAGGACUGUGGCUGUGCGACGCUGUCUGAGUACUCGCGCCAGUGCAGCAUGGCUGGCCAGGCCGUCAGCAACUGGCGGCGCCCCGGCCUCUGCUCCGUGGGCCAGUGCCCGGCCAACCAGGUGUACCAGGAGUGCGGCCAGGCCUGCGUCAGGACCUGCUCCAACCCGCAGCACACCUGCUCCAGCUUCUGCACCUUCGGCUGCUUUUGUCCGGAAGAUACGGUUCUUGAUGACAUCUCCAAAAACCACACCUGUGUGCCGGUCACCCAGUGCCCCUGUGUGCUCAAUGGGGUGGUCUACGCCCCCGGGGAGGUCCUGACAUCUGCCUGCCGGACCUGCCAGUGUAGCAUGGGCCAGUGGAAGUGCACAGAGCAGCCCUGCCCCCGACACUGCUCCCUGGAAGGCGGCUCCUUUGUCACCACGUUCGAUGCCAGGCCCUAUCGCUUCCACGGCACCUGCACUUACGUUCUCCUCCAGAGCCCGCAGCUCCCGGACGGGGGCUCCCUCAUGGCCUUGUAUGACAAGUCUGGACACUCUCACUCGGAGACCGCCCUAGCUGCUGUCAUCUACAAGUCCAGCCAGGACAAAAUCGUGAUUUCCCAGGACGAGGUCCUCACCAACAACGGAAACACCAAGUGGCUACCAUACAAGACUCGCAACAUCACAGUCUUCAGGCAGACAUCCACCCACCUCCAGAUGGCCACCACCUUCGGGCUGGAGCUCGUGAUCCAGCAAGAGCCCGUGUUCCAAGUGUACGUCACCGUUGGGCCCCAGUUCAGAGGCCAGACCAGAGGGCUCUGUGGCACCUUCAAUGGAGACACGACAGACGACUUCAUGGCCAGCACGGGCAUUGUUGAGGGCACUGCCUCACUCUUUGUGGAUUCCUGGCGGACAGGGAACUGCCCAGCCUCGCUUGAGCGUGAGACUGACCCGUGCUCCAUGAGCCAGCUCAACAAGGUGUGUGCAGAGACCCGCUGCUCAGUGCUGGUGAGAGAGGGCACAGUGUUCGAGAAGUGCCACGCCACGGUGAACCCCAGGCCCUUCUACAAGAGGUGCGUGUACCAGGCCUGCAACUAUGAGGAGACCCUUCUCCACGUCUGUGCCGCCCUGAGCGACUAUGCCCGCACGUGUGCCACACGGGGCGUCCUGCUGCGGGGCUGGAGGGACAGCGUGGACAACUGCACCACCACCUGCACCGGCAACCAGACCUUUGGCUAUGACAGCCAGGCCUGCGACCGCACGUGCCUCUCACUAUCCGACCGCGACGCCGAGUGCCACCCGAGUGCCGUGCCUGUGGAUGGCUGCAACUGCCCCGAGGGCACCUACCUCAACCACAAGGCCCAGUGCGUGCGCAAGGCCCAGUGCCCCUGCCUCCUGGCCGGCUCCAGGUUCAUCCAGGCCGACCAGUCCACCAUGGUCGAUGGCGUCAUCUGCUACUGCAUCAACGGGAGGCUGAGCUGCCCGGGGCGGCCACAGGUGCUCCUGGCCACCUGCUCAGCCCCCAAGACCUUCCGGUCCUGCAACCAGUCUUCAGAGAGCACGUUUGGGGCGGCUUGUGCCCCCACGUGUCAGAUGCUGGCCAGCGGCAUCCCCUGUGUGCCCACCAAGUGCCAGCCUGGCUGUGUCUGUGCCGAAGGGCUCUACGAGAAUGCCAGGGGGCAGUGUGUACCCCCUGAGGAAUGUCCGUGUGAGUUUGCGGGUGUCUCCUACCCCCAGGGUGCCGAACUCCAUACUGACUGUAAGACGUGCACCUGCUCGAGGGGGAGGUGGGCAUGCCGGCAGAGCGCCCGGUGCUCGUCCACCUGCACCCUGUACGGGGAGGGCCACGUGGUCACCUUUGACGGGCAGCGCUUCAUGUUCGAUGGCACCUGCGAGUACAUCCUGACCACAGACGGCUGCGGGGCCAACAACUCCCGGCCCUCCUUCAAAGUCCUGACAGAGAACGUCGUGUGUGGGAAGUCAGGCACCACCUGCUCCCGGGCCAUCAAGAUCUUCCUGGGGGGCUUGAGCAUAGUGCUGGCGGACAGGAACUACACUGUCAGUGGGGAGGACCCCCAUGUUCACUUCCGGGUAAAAACGGGCUCCCUGAACCUGGUGCUGGAUGUCACGGUCGGCAGUAGGUACAACCUGACCUUCGUCUGGAACAAGCACAUGAGCGUCUACAUCAAGAUCACACGUGCUGCCCAGGAUGCGCUAUGCGGCUUGUGUGGCAACUACAAUGGGAACAUGAAAGACGACUUUGAGACACGCAGCAAGUACGUGGCAUCCAACGAGCUGGAAUUUGUCAACUCGUGGAAAGAAAGCCCCCUGUGCGGAGACGCCAGCCUCACGCUGGACCCCUGCAGCCUCAAUGCCUUCCGCCAUUCGUGGGCAGAGCGCGCCUGCAACAUCAUCAACAGCCAGACCUUCGCCGCCUGCCACAGCCAGGUGUACCGCCUGCCCUACUAUGAGGCCUGCGUGCGAGACACGUGUGGCUGCGACACCAGCGGGGACUGUGAGUGCCUGUGUGACGCGGUGGCCGCCUACGCCAAGGCCUGCCUGGACAAGGGCGUGUGCGUGGACUGGAGGACCCCCGACUUCUGCCCCGUCUACUGUGACUUCUACAACAGCCACAAGCCAGAGGGCAGCGUGUACCAGCACAGCCCGGAGACCAGCUGCACGUGGCACUACCAGCCGUGCCUCUGCCCCCAGCACCCGCAGAGCCUCCCGGGCACCAACAUUGAAGGCUGCUACAACUGCUCCCGGCAUGAGUACUUCGACCACAGCACAGGGACCUGCACUCCCUGCGAGCCGCCGCCUGCCACGCCAAGGCCCACCACAGGUGAUUGCACUCGCUCUAGAAUCUCCUCGAACCACCACGGCCAUCACCACACGGCCCACCUCAGCACCAGCCCCGACGGUCACUACCAAGUCAACAGCCACAAGACCCACGGUGACACGGGCGACCACGAAGCCCACAGGAUUCACGUUCAGCUCAGCCACGCGGUCCACAGCUCGCGCCACAGAGCACACCACAGCAGUAGUGCUGACCCAAGAAACAUCAGAGAUCUCUACAAGGCCCCCAACACCAUGGUCCCUCUGUCCUCAUCCAGGACCACCCCUAGCCCCCACAUUUCCCUCACCCCGUCUUCCCAGUCUACCACCGUCAAGUCUACAUUCCUCACCUCCCAGUCCCCCACAUCCGGGCUCACGUCUUCCCCCGCGGGAAUGACAUCCGUUCUCAGUUCUGCGGUGACCAACCUCACCUCCAGCCAGGCCAGUACCGCUGUGCAGCCUACCACAGGGGCCCUGCCCAGCCCUACCCCCAGCCGGGGGGGCACGUCCUUCCACACUGCAGGGUCCCUGUCAAGCAGGGGCACCUCCUUCUCUUCUCCUGUCAGCUCUCCGACCAGGUCUCCAGGGAUCUGUGAUGUGAAGGAGCUUCAGGAGGAGAUCACGUACAAAGGGUGCACGGCCAACGUGACAGUGACCCGCUGUGAGGGCUUCUGCCCCUCCUCAACCAGCUUUAACGUCCACACCGAGCAAGUGGACACCCUCUGUGGCUGCUGCUACCCUCUCAGCUCCUACGAGAAGCAGUUCGUGCUGCCCUGCCCGGACCCCGGAGCACACGGCCAGCGGCUGGAGCUCACGCUGCACAUGUUCAGCAGCUGUGCGUGCAGCCCCCGGCGCUGUGGGGACUAGGGACGCAGCCCCCCAGGGGUGAGGACAAAGCGCCGCUCCCAACACCACCACUCCCCUCCCCCUACGCUGGCUUGCUGUGCCCCGCAGCCCCACUGCUCCCCCAAGGCACAGCCUCAAAGAGCCCCUGCACAGGCAUGGUGGGGCGCCCGAGGGAACGUGCGCUACCGCCAAGGGCUGCGGACCCUUCGGAGCCAACGCUGGAAUAAACUGGUGGCCUCUUGA